AUGAAACUGUCUGAUGGUAAAUUCACGCCCUUACGCUUCACCCUGAAUACAUCAUUGGAUGAGAUAGGUAUUGUAGGCAGAACAGGAGCUGGGAAAUCAUCCGUGACGCUGGCACUGUUCCGCAUCAUUGAACCAGCUGGAGGAGACAUUAGAAUUGAUGAUAUGUCGAUAUCUUCUAUGGGUCUACAUGACUUAAGAUCUAAAAUAACAAUACUACCGCAGGAUCCUGUCAUAUUUUCUGGAUCAAUCCGUUCUAACUUGGAUCCGCUCCAGAGAUUUUCAGAUCAGGAUCUUUGGGUUGCGAUAGAGAGAGCUCAUAUGAAAGAUUUCAUCACUAACUGUGUAGGGCAGCUAGAUUACGAGUGUGGGGAAGGAGGUCAAAACUUAAGCGUUGGUCAGCGACAGUUGGUGUGUCUAGCUAGAACUCUACUACACAAGACAAAGAUCCUGAUUCUGGACGAAGCCACGGCAGCCGUGGAUGUAGAGACAGACGAACUGAUCCAGAGGACGAUUAAAUCAGAGUUCAGUGACUGUACUGUACUGUCUAUAGCUCAUAGACUCAACACUGUGAUGGUUUACGAUAGAAUAAUGGUAAUGGACAAAGGAUUGAUAGUCGAGUUUGGAGCCCCACAAAAACUACUGGAGGAUAGAUCCGGGAUCUUCUACUCGAUGGCUAAAGCUGCUAACCUCGUUAAUUAACAUAUUUUAUCUAGAAUCAUUACAUUACUGAGAAAUCACUUAUCAAAUCCCAUGAACCAAUAUAUUUUCCUCAAACUGCGAAAAUCUUACCUUUAGAAAAUUUGUGAUUUUACAGUAUUAUUUUGUACCAGUUUCUCAAUAAA